AUGCUUCGUCGUCAACCUGAAAUCUCACGAUAUCCACCUAACAGUUAUCUUCCAAUUCCUGCUGGAGCACGUCCACCAAUAAGAACUGGUCCAGACUCAUAUUUAUCGAGAAAUCCAACUUUACUGGCCACGAAUACUCCGUUUAGUGCACAGUCGAGAUUACAAACCAGUCAUCCAACAGAAUCUAUCCGAAGGACAAUACGACCGAUCGCGGCAAAUUAUCGUCCUACUGUUCCAUUACCACCCAGAUCACUACCUCCUCCUGGACUAGAACCUCAGCCUGUUAUGCGUCGUCGACCUCAUCAUCGUCAUCCACCACAUAUGCGAGGUGUACCAAUGGUACCGGUUCCUCGAAAUCCUUAUGGGAGAGUUGUUGGUCGUCUUCCUCAAGACUAA